AAAUAGGGGAGAUGUUUUUCUUCUUCGUCGGAGGCGUAGAGCAACAAGUGAGCAAGGUGCUCAAGGCCGGAGCGGGGCUCUGUAUCAACUGCGGUUCGGAAGCGGAUUUAGUAGAAUAUGAGAAGGUCCUCAAGAUGUUCUUCGUUCCUGUGUGGCGGUGGCCUGGUAAAGAGCAAGCAAUGUACUGCAACAACUGUUCGCUCAUGUUCCCUCAAUCCUUCUCUCUCCCUCCGCUUCUCGGCUCGGAUUCUCCCCCAUCGCUCCCUGAUGUUCUUCGCUGCCACUCCUGCGCUCGCGUCAUUGAACCCAAGUUCAGCUUCUGCCCCUUCUGCGGUUUGGCUCUGAUACCAUGUAAAAGCAGAGCAUUUCUGGUUUCUCCUUCCUUGAUUUUAUUUACUCAGAAUGCCGAAAUAUAUACAAUCGAGAUCCUACGUUUACAMGGAUAA